CCCUCCCACAAAUCCAAACCCCUUUACCAUCAUUCUUUUUCGUUUCUUCUCCAAAUUCCCAACGUCAGUGCCACUGUCGUUCGCUGAGUAUUCUGGUAGAAAUGGACGCUGAAAUCAAAGGACGAAUCGAGACAACUGUUCGGAGGAUUUUGCAAGAAUCAGACAUGGACGAGCUCACUGAGUCCCAGAUUAGGAAGCAAGCGGCCAAAGAGCUGGACCUGGACCUGUCGCAGCCGCAUUACAAAACCUUUGUGAAGCAGAUUGUGCAGUCCUUUAUUCAGGAAAAACAAGAGGAGCAGGAGGACGAGGAGUACGACGAUGAGGGCAAUCUCAUUAUCUGCAAGCUUUCUGCCCAGAGAAGGGUGACGAUUCAAGAAUUCAGAGGGAAAACAUUGAUCUCUAUCCGGGAGUAUUAUAGAAAGGACGGUAAAGAACUUCCUUCUUCGAAAGGAAUAAGUUUGACGGAGGAGCAGUGGUCAGCGUUGAAGAAGAACAUACCUGCCAUAGAAAAAGCCAUUGAGAAGAUGGAGUCAAACAUAUAAGAUGAAGCAAUCUGUGUUACAAGGACCUCUACCCAGUGGGCAGAGCUAUCUAUACCUUUGAUGAUAUUUUAGAUCUGGAAAUGUUCAUUUACUGUUAUCCAAAAAUUGGGAUCAUGGAAACCUCUCAUAAGUCCCUACAGUUCGGCGUAUUACCGUUCUGAUAUGAUGUUUUGAACCUCACUCAGAACUGACUUUUCUUUUUUGGGGAGUCUAAUAUUUAUGGGGGUUUUCUUUUGACAAUGGACAUUUUUUCAGAACCUUAUGAUAAAUCCCCCGUGUAGUGUUCAAGUCUACCUUGUACUGCAAAACGGCCGCUUGAGUGCUAAUGGAUAUUUUGGAAGAGUAUGAA